GAAGAAAACAACAAAACCAUUGGAAUGAUGCCGCUAUUAUUGCCUCACAUGUGAGACGAGAGUGUGCAGAAAGAGGUUGGGGCUUUGCUUCAUUGGCUCAGAGCAACACCUUUUUAGGAUUUGUCCCUUUUGACAUGUCUGAUUGGAUUUCACCUUCCUUUAAAAUGUUGCUCAAAGUAUUGCUCCGUGUCCGCUUGACCUGCUCUGUGGAUCACACCGACAUGUCUACAAGCAUUCCAGAACUAACCUGUCAUGACCCAUAAAUAAAUAAAACGACUAGAGACAUCAUUCAUUCUCUUUAGUCUAUUUAGUUUUUAUUUAUGGAAAUUGGAAAAAGACGGAAGCAGCGCGGCAACGUCACUGAUUUCCUGGGCGCUGCCAGUUGAAUCGUCUGUUGCCAUGGUAACAGACAACACGAGGACUGUAGGGACAGUAACACCCGGGCUAUGUCUCACCAAGAGCGUCCGAGCCGAGUUCCUACAGAGGAGGACACGAGAGGGGCUGCUGCAGAAUUUUACCGGGCCAACGGAGUCCCGCAGCUGGUGGAGAGAGCUCUGAACGAGCUCUUCUUCCAUGAGCCUCGAGACGUCAACGGAUACCUGGCAAAUUAUUUCACAAAUCUAAGUGAGCCACCAAGGAUCAGCGGGCUGAAAGGGAGGGAGGUUUAUGACGCAAGAGGACAACUCUCCAUUGAGGCAGAAGUCUUCUGCAUUGUCUGCAACAAGGAAAAGAGCCUGUCUUCAGCUGCCAUCUCCAGCCACUUUGGGCCUAUGGUGACAUCACUGGAGAGGAAAAUAAUGAGUCAGGAGAGGGCUAACCAUAUGAUGACGGCCACCCAGUGGAUCAAUGGUCCUCUGAUAAACAUGCUGAAGGGCCAAAACCCCUGUGACCAAUCAGACGUUGACCUUAUACUCAGCAAUUUCUUCAUGGCCCGCUUCCUUGAAGAGAAAGAUGUUUGGAACAAGGAAAAUGAGGAGAGUCGUUCUCCCAGCGAGCCCGGGGAGUUGUUCUCUUCUCCACGCUCUGCAGAGGCGAAAGACAACAAGAUUGUUAAAAAAGGUAAAAAGAGCAACACGUCGGAAAAGCCAUUUUGUCCAACAGAGUCACCAGAACCGGUUUUACGUGGGAGUUGUGCCAUUGGCUCAGUAUCUCUUGCCGUGGCCCAAACUGCUGCAAAAAUACAGGGUCUCCCUCUCUACAAAUACAUAGCCGCUCUGAAGAACAGAAAGGCUCCUGCUAAGUUUCCUAUUCCGGUAUCUUUGGUCACUUUGCUGAGCUGUGGAAAGACUUCUCCUGGAAAAUUGAGUUUGCUUGAGGAAGUCAUCCUGAUCCCCAAAGCAGGACAACGAGUCAAACAGAUCAUCACAAUGGCUCUUGGGAUACAGAAGGAGAUGAUGAGAAUAAUGUCCACUUCAACAAAAGCCGGGGCAACCCAGGCGAUGCUGUGUGACAGUGGAGCGCUGGCUGUGACAUACGAGCGACCUGAGCAGCCUCUGGACCUGAUCACUGAAGCCUGUAGUAACUCUGGACUGGCACUGGGUACAGAUAUCCACUUAGCACUAAACUGUGCUGCUCCUGAGUUAAUGGACUGUUCUAAAGGAAAGUAUGAAGUUUCAACCGGGGUUUUGAAGUCUCCAGAUGAAUUAGUUGAUAUGUACCGAACCCUUAUCAUCAAAUACCCAGCAGUGGUCGCCUUAAUCGAUCCAUUCAGGAGAGAGGACAUAGACCAAUGGGAGAAGCUGAGCAACAUGAUUGGAGACUCAUGUUCUCUGCUUUCUGACCUCACCUGCAAGCUAAAGGCCCCCCCCCUUUCGGGAGUCAGAGGUCACAUCUUAAAACACGUCAAUGAGACAACGGUCAGCGAUUUGAUCAGCAUCACUUCAGAGCACCAGGGUUCAGUGUUGAUGGGAGUAGCAAGGAGUGAGCCUUGCAGUGAUGACUCUCUGUCAGAUAUAGCUGUGGGUCUGGGCCUUGGCUAUGUCAAACUGGGAGGUCUGAGCGGUGCUGAAAGGAUGACUAAAUACAACCGGCUGAUUUCUAUAGAGGAAGAGCUGGCCAAACAGGGAAUCCUGUUGUCCCAGGAGAAGCACCCCCCCCCACUGUUCAGUGAUACACCACAGGAGAAGUCUACCACAGCACAGAGUACAGUCUGACUUGUUUGUAUCCACAAAGUGUGCGUUAUAUUCCACUUUCAUUGUUUUCUUCUUAUCUAUUACUUGCCUGUCGAGAUUUCACGGGAGAACCUGCUGAGUUUAUUAGGAACAAAGUACAUUAAUCCUGAAUUCUAGUUGAUCUAUUAAUCAUUAAGAAGCAAAGUGAGAAAAGAGAACUUUGAAUAAAAAAGCUGUUUUAACGGAAAUCUUGUCGUUUCUUCAGAUUGUUUACAUGUGAACCAUCGCAGCAGUGGUUGUACGCUGUUCCUCCGCACACAAACAUGCUUUCAGGUCACAAUCGAUCAUCUCGCAAGAAAUGUGCAAACAUUGCAGCAAUUAUGAACCAUAACACAGCAAAUCCAGAGAAAAAAUAUAUAUUUUUAAGUUUUGCAGAAAUGUCUAAUUUUUUUAAUCUAUCCUAUAAAAUCAUCUCAUGUGAAACUAAAACACUUUCCGCUAAUAUCAAUUAUUUACAUAUUCAUAUAAAAUGUGUAUAACAAAAUGGUCAGGUUCUGCAAUUACACUUCAUAUUGACUUAUAUAUUGACUUAUGACUGUUUUGAAACACAUGAGUAAAUGACAUCCUACAAUCUUGUUUCACUGUUAGAUGUUAGCAGCUUUGUAUCAUCUCUUUAUAGAGGACUCUAACUGCAAGCUGACUCAAGGGUGUCAGAGCAGUUCUUGAUUGGUCGUGUUAAUCUGGCCAGUGAAAGCCCUGUGUGUCAUGUCCAAGAAACUUUGUUAAGUUAAUUUGAUCAGUUUCUUAUCAUGUUGUGUUGUGUUUUCAAGUUCUGUGUCUGCCUCGCCCCCGAUUGUUUCCACCUUACCCUGUGUAUAUAUUGUCUAUAUGUAUAUAUUGUCCUGUGCCAGUUCGUCUUGUCCCUCGUGCCAGAGAACCCUCAUCGUAUCCAUGCCAUUUCCCAUUGUCAGGUCUUUGAUUCUGAUACUUUGUCUAUGUUUGAUUUCCACUUUUCUUCAGUCUAGCAUUUAUUCAAUUUUUUUUGUA